AUGAUCAAGUUGAUGCCCUGCAAGCACAUCCCCUACUGUGUGCGGUGCUUCGGCGACUUCAAGAAGACCCACGAGAAGAAUGUGGCGAAGGUCCAGGCAGAGAACGGCAAGAUGGAGGCAGGGGAGCCGCUCAAGGACCUGCCGGUGUUUGCCUGCCCUUGCUGCCGCAAGUGAGUGACUGAGGGAGGGACAGAACAAGACGGACACAAACUGAUAGAUAUCGAUGCUUGACGGUACGCAUCUUUCUUGUGUGUGUGCACUGCACAGGCCGAUAGAGUUCGCUGGGAGCCGGGAGGAAGUGCGCAAGUGGGUGGAGGACGACUACAUGACAUGA